GGCGAGCGGCGGCGGGAAUGGUGGGUGUCGGAGGACGGAGUCCCUGGGUGCCGUCGGCGGUGCGGGUGGGUGCCGUCCGCUCGGUGCGGGGCUGCGGGGAAGGGAGCCCGGCGGGCUGGCGCUCCCCGUGCGCCCCCGCUCUUCAUGGCCCGGCUCCGUGCGGGGCCGGGGAGGCGCUCCCCCCGCGGGGCCCCGCUGCUGCCCGGAGCUCCGCCGGCUGAGCUGGGGCUCCUCCGUCGGCGGGGCUCCCCGGGGCUGCGCUGGGUUCCUGGGAGGGCCUGGUGCUGCCGGGGCUUUCCCGGGCGGGGGGUCCGGCUGAAGGACCCCCUUGGUGGUCGCCUUCCCCUUGGUGUUUGCGUGUGGGUCUGGGAGUUUCUGGUGCAGCAGCUGCAGUGGGUUUUGGGUGCUGUCUUGACCCCCCCCUUGGCCAGACGUGCAGGGCUCGGUCAGAGUGCCAUGGGGGAGAGGAACGUAAUCUGCUCCAGCGAUGGGAAUGUGGAGGAGCCCCUGAUGCCCCAGGAUGGAGGGGCAUCCCCCAAUCCAGAGGUGCCUGGGGCUACAGGCAAAAGGAUACACAGAAGAGUCGUGGGCAGGUGCCCCACGCUCCAUCCAGUGUGGGUCGUGGUGCUGGCUGUGCUGGUGGCUCUGGUGCUGGCUCUGGCCGUGGCUGUUGCUGUACACUCAGCAGGAAGAUGUGGAGGGGAUCCAGCUGUGCCUGCGGCUCUGGUGCUGGCCUGUCCUGAGGACUGGGUCGGGUACCGCAAUGUCUGCUACUCCUUCUCGAGGGCUGAGGGGAGCUGGGAGUGGAGCCAGGAGCAGUGCUCCUCGCAUGGGGCCUCGCUGGCCAUGCCCCGGAGGGAGGGGGAGAUGGAGUUCCUCUGGAGUCAGAAGGCCCAUGUUGAUUGCUGGCUUGGGCUGCGGAGACAAGGCGAGCGCCUGCAGUGGGUGGAUGGCAGCAGCUUCAACCAGACGUUUGUGGUGCAGGGCCAAGGAGAGUGUGCGUAUUUGUACAACGGGGCUGUCACGAGUGCAGGCUGCUCCCAGUCACGGCCGUACAUCUGCAGCAAGCCCCAAGCGCUCGGGUGACAGCGGCGCUGGAGAAAGGACCUUUGCGUGGUGGGGCCUCACAGCUUCAGCCCUUCCAGCAGCGCAGGGGAGCGUGGGGGUGUCCUUCCCUCAGCUGCUGCUCCGGGUUGGUCCUGCAGGUGGGGAGAGGUGCUGGGAGCUGCUGUGUGCUGCCUGCACUGGGACCUCAAGCCUGGGACUGGUUCCUUCAUCCUCCUGGGCCCACCCCAGAACCCAUCCUGCUCCUCUCACACCUCACAGGUGAUGCUGAGCUGUGGUGAUGGAGCUGGAGCAGCUGCUGCCAGAUGAGCUGGGUGCAGCAAUGUCAGUGCAGGUCCCUGGCCCUGUGCAGGGUGGAGGGGACACAGAGCCAGGGGGUGAAGUGGCCCCUGUGGGGCUCCCUUGAAAGUUAGACUCUCAUUCACACGCAAGCUUUUUUUUUUCCUGCUGUUUUGUAUUGUUUAUUAAAACAUGAUGUAUUUCUACAUGUGUUUGUCUCCUGCUGGGGCAGGGCUGUGUGCUGGAGGCAGCCCUGUCCCCUCCCCUCUGCUGGCACUGUCCAUCCUGCCUUUGGGAGCGUUGGAGGACACGGCUGUGAGGGGGUGUCUCUGCUGCCCAACAUCUUCUCCCCCCAUCCCUGGCAGUGUGGGGUGCUGGUGGUGGGAGGGGGUGGCUCCAGCCUGUGUCCCCGUGUUUUCCUGCCCAUGGGGGCCCUUGGGCCACCCCCAAAUCCUGACCCCUCAAGAAGGUGCUGCUGCAGGAGGAGCCCCAGCAGCAGCUGAAAGCAGCUGUGGGCGUUGGGGACUGACCCAGCUCUUCUGGUCGCUCCCGGUGGCGCCCACCCCUCGGUUCAGCGCUCACAGCCGCCCCGCCAUCCCCCUUGCCCUCGCCCCAGGGGUACCGGGGAGCAGCUCCCCCGCUCCGGGCGCAGCCCAGACCCGUGUCCGGCUCCUCCGCGGAACCCCCGGGGGCGGCUCUUGAAAGAGCCUUUGGGUUCCGCCUUUUUGCGCUCCAGCCACCGCGCUCCCAACGCUCGCCCGCUGCGGGACCCCCGGCCUCCUCCGCGCCCCCGGCCUCCUCCGCUGCCGCUUUUCCCCUCGGUCCCCGACGCGCCCCGGCUCCCACAGGCUUUACCGGCCGCCCGGCUCUGCCCACCCGCUCCUUCCCGUUACCGACACCGCUGCAACUGCCCCCCGGCUGCGCCCCCCCACCGGGCCCUUUAAAUACCCCCGCGCCGGCCCUACGAAAGGGGGCACGAAACAACCCCCGGGGGGCGGAUUUAGCAGUAAAGCGGGACAAUAGAGCCCCCUUUAUGUUGGCCCUGGGGCACGUACAUACCGCCCGUCACCCUC